AUGCAAUUGGCAGCGUUUCUAUUCUUUUCCUGUCAUUCUAGCAACUUUAUAGAUGAUCCGAUUUCUGCAAAAUAUUCGAGUCUGGAAUUGGCAAAACGCUUGAAAAUUUCUCAGCACUGCAAAUAUUUUUUGCAAAAUAAUGAUACUUCUUCUUUAAUGAAUGAUAGUAUAUACGAUAAUGUAUGUGAUGCAAUCAAGCAACCUCCAAAGUUGCUCGUAUCACGUUUAAAUGACGCAGAGGAUAGCAAUUCUAGUGUUGCGAUUGUUAAUUCACUAGAUGCUAAUACAGUAUCAACUAAUCAAAAUAAUAAUGCUUACCUAUGGAUUUGUGAUAAUUUCGUUUUAAUGACUGGUUCGUACAAGCCACCAAAUCAGCGUCCUUUCAAGCCUAUUCCGAUCAUAUUUUUCCAUUUAAAUUUGCUUACUUCAUUGAAAAAAUCUUUUAAAUUUCCUGUGAAAAUCAGCUCAUCAGGUGAGAUUCACACCGAUGGCAGCACCGGAGUCCGUACUCCACCGCCACCGUCUCCGCGGUCAAAUUUGGAAAAACAACCGCCAUCAACAGUACUUACGUCAGAUUUGUUUGCUUUUAGCGCUGGACGUGUACCGCAGCGAGCAGAAAGUUGCGAAGAGUUAGACGUUGCAUUUACGGAGCAAACAAACGAGGAAUUGUAUUCACAAAAAAAGCAAAAAGCCGAGUUAUUUGUUAUAUCUCAUUUUUUAUUAAUUGGAAAUUUAAUGGCCUCUUUACAAAUUCAAAAUAAAAAUUUCUCGGCAAGUGCAGCUUUUUAA